AGUAUUAUUUAUAAAAUAUUCAAAAUCCCAAACUGACAGUUCGACGGGCUGUAUUUCCUCGGCAACUCAAUCAGCUCCGAUCAGUUGAAAUUCGACGGACUCUUAUAUUGAUCGCUGUUGCUUCCGGCCUCCGCCGACGAGAAUUGCUCCGUCGGAGGCGACGCCUUAGAAGAAAUGAACGGCCGGGGAUCCAGUAACCGGCUAUCAUCCACCUCCGGUUUCCGAUCUCGAAUUUCGUUUUUAAUGCUCUCUAUGUUCUCUACCAUGGCUGCUCUUUAUGUCGCCGGCAGGUUGUGGCUGGACUCUGAGAAUAGGGUAUAUCUUAUUCAAGAGCUUGAUAGGAGAACGGGACAGGGCCAUUCGGCAAUAUCAGUAGAUGAUACAUUGAAGAUCAUAACCUGCAGGGAACAACAGAAGAGGCUAGCUGCACUUCAGACUGAGCUGGGAAAAGCCAGUCAGGAAGGUUUUGUAUCAAAGAAUCUAUUGGAUAACAGUGAGAGGGAUUCAAAGAAAAAGCUUCUAGCGGUUGUAGGUGUCUCAACAAAUUUUGGCAACAAAAAGAACAGAGAUGCGAUCCGCAAAGCAUGGAUGCCUACUGGUGCUGCUCUUAAAAAAUUAGAGGAGGAGAAAGGUAUAGUAAUACGAUUCGUCAUAGGAAGAAGUUCAAGUCACAGAGACAGUUCAGAUAGAGCCAUUGAUGAUGAGAGCAGGCAUUCCAAUGACUUCAUCAUUCUUAAUGAUCAUGUGGAGUCCCCUCAAGAGCAAGCAAAAAAGACAAAGUUAUUUUUCGUUCAUGCUGCUGAGCAUUGGGAUGCUGAGUUUUAUGCCAAGGUCAACGACAAUAUCUAUGUUAAUAUCGAUGCUGUUGGAGCCGUACUUGCCAGCCAUUUGGAUAAGCCUCGUGUCUACAUAGGGUGUAUGAAAUCUGGCGAAGUCUUUUCACAGCCGGAAAACAAAUGGUAUGAGCCAGAAUGGUGGAAAUUUGGGGAUGGAAAAUCGUACUUCAGGCACGCUUCCGGUGAAAUAUUUGCGAUAUCAAAGACCUUAGCGCAAUUCAUUUCUAUCAACAAAUCAAUACUUCGCACAUAUGCUCAUGAUGAUGUGAGCGCUGGAUCCUGGUUCAUCGGCCUUGAUGUGAAGCACGUUGAUGAAGGGAAGUUCUGCUGCGCUUCCUGGUCAUCAGGGUCUGUAUGCGCAGCAGCUUGAUUGGAUCGCCUCUUUAGUAAAUGUGGAGAUCAUUCAUGUCACAAAUCAUUGUGAAGAUCUGUCUUUGGAAGACAGAUCAUCUUUGCCGGAGUUUGCUUUUGCCUUUUGGUGCCUGGGGCAAAGGAGCUCGAAGUUUUUGACUUCAACUGCCAAGAGCCCUAUGGUAGAGAGCACCUUGGUUUCGGACACACCUCGAGGAAUGUACAAAGGGUUUUUUGGAGUAUAGGGACUAUAGUCGGAUAAAUUCAUUGUAUGGUGAUUUAUUUACAGAGUGACAUUGUCCAUUAUGUCAUCGUGUACUAUGGACAUUCUCUUCUGGAAAUAUACAGUUCGGUGGUCCCUUUAGAGUGCGCUUCAAUAGCAAUUUGCAGACUAAUUCACCAAGAUGGCAUUAUGUAUGUUGAACUGUGUGAUCAUUUCCUCAUAUUUUUUUUUGUUAAAUACGCAGUGAUGAGAUUUGAACAUA